CUCCCGAUUCGGUUACGCGUGCGCCGACUUAAGCUGCGCCCCCCAAAAGCCCAUAUCCUGGCGGCAGGAUUAAGACAAAAGUGAAAAAGUGUCACACGAAAAUUGAAGUGCCAACAAGAAAGUGCUAAACGACGCGAGAAUUAAACUUACGAAAAAGGACCUCGACUCCUUUAACUGCUGAAAGAAAGUGCUAGCCCUUGGCCAUUUUGCACAGUUUUCUUUUUGGGCGGCGCUUUUCGGGGGAAACUGUUUCGGUGUCGGAUACUGAAGAUACUGAAGAACUCCCAAGGUUGCGGGCCCAAAAGCUGUUGUGACAUUUUUUUGGCAAAGCAGAAACGCAAUGGCGCCAAAGACGCCGCCAUUUUCACAGCUCGACAAAAUGGCGACAAGGACAUCCACAUCCACAUCCACAACCACAUCCACAUCCAGUUGGCUCUGCCGCCUGCUGCUAUUCGGCUUUUGCAUUGGCGCCGCCGCCGCCCGAGACAUUCGAUCGCCGAUGGACCAGACAGACGUGGCCUUCUACUGCCCUGGAGAGGGUCUGUUUGCGGACGACUACGAUUGCCGGAUUUAUUACCGCUGUGAGCGGCGUUUGGGGCAAUACAUCCAACCCUACCUCCUGGCCUGUCCAGAGGACGCGGUCUUCUCCCGCACCCUGCGCAUGUGUCUGCCACCAGCGAUGGCUGGGCGGGAUGAGUGCGUUGACCAGGCGAACGAGGUGAACGAGGUGAACGAGGUGGACGGCGGCAGCAUGGAGAAAUGGGAGCAGGACGACUACGGACAGGAUGACCAUAAUGCGAUGCUUAACCUGGCCGUCACACCUGCGGCCAAUGAGCUGCGAACAUAUGCGUCGACCCACCGUCUGCCCACAAAUUACGGUCUGGCUGGUCUUAAUGGUGUCUCUGUCAUAUCCUUCUCCAGCUCCUCAUCCCUGCGCGCCGUUGGAUCAGCGGAGGAGGAUGGCAUAAUAUGCCGGGAUGAUGGCUUCAUGACCGAUCCCAGCGACUGCACCGUGUUUUAUCGCUGCAUCUCGAACGGCCGAGGCUAUAACAAAAUCGGCUUCCGUUGCUCAGAUGGCACGGCGUGGGACGAGUCCCUUCAGUCCUGUAACCAUAUGUUUGACGUACGUGCCAACGGAGGAUGCCGCAAUCAAGCUGCUCCACAGAACGAUGGUUAUUAUGCCGGCCAAACGUCAACACAGUCGUCGCAGACGAGUUACCAGAACUCUACCGCCAGCAGUCAGCAGAGCUCGUCCACCAGUUCAUCGAACUCCUCUCAAAGCUCCAGUUCCACAUCCAGUACGACAUCCAAUUCCAGCUCAAGCCAAGAGUCCUCUACGUCCAGCAGCAGUCAUCAGUCGUCCAGCUCCACGUCCAGCAACAAUCAGGAAUCCAGUUCGGAGUCCAGCAAUAGCCAGGAGUCUAGUUCGGGAUCUAGCAACAAUCAGGAAUCUAGUUCGGGAUCUAGCAACAAUCAGGAAUCUAGCUCCACAUCCAGCAGCAAUCAAGGCUCAAGCUCUCAAAAUGCUGGCAGCAACCAAAACCAAAGCACCGGCAGCAGUCAAAGUUCCGGAAGUAGCCAAUCCUCAAACAGUAACAGUAACCAGAGCUCCAGCAACAAUCAGAACCAAAGCUCUCAAAAUUCUGGCAGCAACCAAAACUCGGGCAGCAACCAAAACUCGGGCAGCAACCAAAACUCGGGCAGCAACCAAUCCUCUAGCAACAAUCAAAACUCCAGCAACAAUCAGAGCUCUGGAAGCAACCAGUCCUCCAGUAACAAUCAGAGCUCCAACAACAAUCAAUCUUCCGGCUCCAACAGCAAUCAGAGUUCUUCAAGCAGCCAAAACACCAGUGGAUCCAAUAAGCCCGUGCCCACCGAGUGCGAGGAUGAAAACACUUAUAUCCCUGAUAAAGAAGACUGUGCUAAAUUCUACAGAUGCCGCCAAGAUAAGGACGGAAAAUUGGAGCAAGUGCCGUUCACCUGUGGUCCCGGUACCGUUUGGAACCAAGUGGAUAAGGUCUGCGAUCUACCCACCGAGGAUCAAAAGAAGAAAUGCAACAUUCAAUCGGGCUCGUCAACUGGUAAUAGCAACUCUGGACAGCAAUCUAGUGGAAGCUCCUCCAACAACCAGGGCUCUUCAAACAGUCAAUCCUCAGGCAACCAGAGCUCAUCUAACAAUCAAGGCUCGUCAAACAACCAAGGCUCCUCUAGCAAUCAAUCUUCCAGCAACCAGAGCUCAUCCAGCAAUCAAGGAACGUCUAGCAAUCAAGGCUCGUCAAGCAAUCAAGGGUCUUCCAAUAACCAAUCCUCAAGCAACCAGAGCUCAUCCAACAAUCAAGGCUCUUCUAGCAAUCAAGGCUCUUCUAGCAAUCAAUCUUCCAGCAACCAGAGCUCAUCUAACAAUCAAGGCUCUUCUAGCAAUCAAUCUUCCAGCAAUCAAGGCUCGUCCAGCAACCAAUCAUCCAAUCAAGAAAGCAGCCAAGGAUCAUCGAACAAUCAGUCCUCCAAUCAAGGCUCAUCUUCAUCGUCCACCUCCAGCAAUCAGAGCUCCUCAAGCACUAGCAAUAAUUCUACGAGCACUCAAAUAAAGCCAUCCAAUCCCGAUGGAGACUGCCAAGAUACGGAAACAUAUUUGCCUGAUAAGAAAGACUGUGCCCGAUUCUAUCGCUGCGUAGAGAAUGGCAGCGGUGGCUUCAAUAAAGUUCCAUUCGACUGCUCCCCUGGAACGGUCUGGGAUCCUGAUACGAAGGGAUGCAACCAUCCAACGGAUGUGCAAAAGGAGCAAUGCAAGGCUAUGGCCAAUGGUAGCGGAUCAUCAACCAACCAGGGAUCUUCUUCCAACCAGGGUUCCUCUUCCAACCAGGGAUCAUCUUCCAAUCAGGGUUCCUCUUCCAACCAGGGAUCAUCCUCCAACCAGGGGUCUUCUUCUAACCAGGGAUCAUCUUCCAACCAGGGAUCGUCCUCUAACCAAGGAUCAUCUUCCAACCAGGGAUCGUCAUCUAACCAAGGAUCAUCCUCAAGCCAGGGGUCUUCCUCCAACCAGGGAUCAUCAUCCAAUCAAGGUUCCUCUUCUAAUCAGGGAUCAUCUUCGAACCAAGGAUCCUCCUCCAACCAAGGAUCGUCCUCCAACCAAGGAUCGUCUUCCAACCAAGGAUCUUCUUCCAAUCAGGGAUCCUCUUCUAACCAGGGAUCAUCUUCCACUCAGGGAUCAUCUUCCAACCAAGGAUCAUCCUCUAAUCAGAGUUCCUCCUCUAACCAGGGAUCAUCAUCAAACCAGGGAUCUUCCUCUAACCAGGGAUCUUCUUCCAACCAGGGAUCAUCUUCCAAUCAGGGAUCAUCCUCAAAUCAAUCUUCUUCGUCCAACCAGUCAUCGUCGAAUCAAUCCUCUUCCAAUCAAUCGUCGUCGUCUAACCAGACUUCAUCAUCUACUACUGAGGGAGCUUCAUCAUCCACCACACAAAAACCCUUUAAGCCGGCAGAGAAAUGUGAGAGUGAGGAAACUUUCCUGGCUGACAACGAGAACUGCUCCAAGUUUUAUCGAUGCGUGGAUAAUGGUAAGGGCGGCUUUUCAAAAGUAUCAUUCACCUGCCCACCGAACACUCUAUGGGAUCCUGAGGCCAACAGCUGCAACCAUCCUGAUCAGAUCCAGACCAAGCCACUUAAAUGCAAGAAGGUGGUGAAUCAAGAUGGAAGUUCGUCUAACAGCACCAGCAGCUCCUCGACUAGCUCCUCUGCGAACCAAGGAUCAUCUUCCAACCAGGGAUCGUCAUCUAACCAAGGAUCAUCUUCCAGUUCAUCCUCCAGCAGUGGCUCCUCCUCCAAUACGGGUACGGGUUCAACCUCAAACAGUGGUGCCUCUUCCAACGGUGGCUCAUCGAAUCAAGGCUCCUCCUCCAAUAGUGGCUCCUCUUCUGGUUCAAACUCGUCUGGAAAUGGAUCCUCAUCUUCGUCAUCAUCAUCUUCAUCAUCAUCAAGCAAUAACAAUAAUCAAGGUUCAUCCUCAUCGUCCUCCAGUUCAUCCACCUCUAGCAGCAGCUCGUCUUCAUCCAAACCAAAUCCUUCAGAAACCUGCAAGGUUAAUGGACAAUUUAUUGGCGAUCGUACGAACUGUGCCAAGUUCUAUCGCUGCGUCGAUAAUGACAGAGGUGGCUUCAGUAUGGUACCCUUCAGCUGCGGUCCUGGCACUGUUUGGGAUGCCGAACUGCAGGCCUGCAACCAUGCGUGGGCAGUAAAGGAAUGCGGUGGUAUUGCUCCACCUACAACUUCCACUCCGACGACCUCCAGGCCCACAACCGCAAGCACUUCCAGACCUUCUGACCCAUCGUCUACAUCGGGACCUUCAGGUCCACCCACUACCUCACGUCCAGUGACUGUCAGACCAACCACAACCAAUUCUCCAUCUACAGCUUCACCCACUCAAACAACAUCUCCUGUUACUCAGUUACCCAAUACGGAUGGCAAAUGUAGGUCGGAGGGCUUUAUGGCUGACCCCAGUAACUGCUCCAAAUUCUACCGUUGCGUAAGGAACAACAAAGGCGGCUUUACCCCAAUUCCAUUCCAAUGUGGAUCUGGUACCGUUUGGGAUCAGGAUCUGCAGACUUGCAACCACAAUUUCAACAAUUGCAAUACUGGCACUGAAAGUACCACCUCAAAACCACCUUGUGAGCCAGCAACAAAUGGAACAUCGACCACGUCCUCGACCUCCAAACCUCUGCCCACCACGACUGAUUUACCACCCACUUCAACAACUCCGACUACAACAACCGAAAUACCACCUACUACAACAACUAGGUUGCCUCCUACUACAACAACUGGCUUAUCUCCGACAACAACAACUGGGUUACCACCGACUACAACUAGCUUACCUCCCACUACAACUGACUUACCUCCGACUACAACAACCGGACUACCCCCAACUACGACCACAGGAGCUCCAACCCCUACAACAACAAUCAUUCCGGAACCUCAAACGUCAACCGUAACUUCAAGCCCGGAAAUCACCACGCAACCACCGUCUACAACCACUAUGAAACCUCUGCCAGCGGGCACGGAAUGCACAGGUGAGGGUUACAUGGCCGAUCCCGAAGAUUGCAGGAAAUACUACCGAUGCAUCAGUGCUGGAACCUCCUACAGAAAGUACAAUUUCACGUGUCCCAAGGGUACGGGGUGGAACGAAGAAGUUCAGACCUGUGACUACAUGGAGAAUAUACCGAGGUGCUCGAAGUUACCCGCUGAACCAAUAACUACAACACCAAGUGAAGAGGCCAAGGAUCCUGGAAGCACCACUCCACAGUCAACGGAUGAGCCCACCACAGUGACGAAACCCAUUACAAAACCCACUGAAGAACCUUCAACAGAAAUGCCGGCGAAGCCGACGACUGAAUAUCCGGAAAAGCCAACUACCACUCCAGAGAAGCCGCAGAAACCCACUACAACCGAGUAUCCUCAAAAGCCAACCACCACAGAAAAACCUGCUCCAGAGAAGCCCCAGAAACCCACUACAACCGAAUAUCCUCAAAAGCCGACCACUCAAGAACCCACCACCACAAGUAUUCCGGGCUACAAUCCAACAACCACGUCCGUUCCGGGCUAUAACCCAACAACCACACCUGUUCCGGUAGAAACUACAACCGCUACUCCGGGCUAUAAGCCAACUACCACCAGCGAACCUAUUACCACGACCACAUUACCUCCUACAACCACCGACGCCACUCAAGAGCCCACAACCUCAGCAAAACCUAAACCCACUACAACCACGGAGGGUCCAGAAUCCACCACAUCUGAAGGUUCAGUAACCACUCUUCAGCCGGAACCACAGCAUAACUAUAACUGCUCAUCGGAGGGAUUCUUCCCAGAUCCCGAGGACUGCAGUCGCUAUUACCGUUGUGUAGAUGCGUCCAAAAACGGCAAGUAUCAGGUUUAUGCCUUCAAGUGCGGUAAGGGAACUGUUUGGGACACGUCCACCGAAACCUGCAACUACGCCGAUCAGGUGUCUGGCAAUUGCUCAUCUGGACAAACGACCACGCCAGGAACUACUACGGAGCCUGGUACGACGGAGAGUACAACCAGCUCUGGGAAGCCAGAAACCACUUCGAGGGCCCCAGAAACAACCACAACGGGAGCUCCUGAAACCACCACCACAUCAUCUCCUGAGACCACCACCACAUCUUCUCCUGAAACCACCACCACAUCAUCUCCUGAUACCACCACCACAUCUUCUCCUGAAACCACCACCACAGUGGGCCCCGAAAUCACUACUUCUGGCGCAACCACCACCACUGCAACACCUGAAACCACUACUACAUCACCCAAGCCAGAAACCACGACCAUAUCUGGGGAAGAACCCACAACGACGCAGUCCCCUACCACCACAGAGAAUCCUACUCCCGGUACCAACACCUCCGCUCCUUGCCCCGAAACCGGUCCAGGACAGAAUGUGUACGUCUGCCCCACUGGAUUCCGUCGGCAUCCGGAGAAGUGCGGCAUGUUCUACCAGUGCAGUGAAAGUGCCGAUAGUAACGACCUCAACAUCGUAGUGUUCCAAUGCCCCAAUGGAACCGUCUACCAAGACAAGUCCUGCAGCUGUGGCAAACCACCGGCGGGUGACAAGUGCUCCAAGGAUAUGAAGAGGACCACCAACUUGUUUGACGAGGAAACGAGACUUCAGAAUGUGGUACAAAUCAGCACGACGGAUCCCCUCUGCCCGGAUGAGGGUCACUUUGCGCUGAACAACGACCAGUGCGGCCAGCUGUUCGUCAAGUGCGGAUUCUCGGAGCUGACGGGUCGCAUCGAGGGACAGAUCAACCGCUGUCCACAAGGAUUUGCCUACUGGAACGUGAGUCGGCGAUGUGAGCCCGCCCGCAAGCUGCCCAACUGCACCCCCACCACCUACAAUGUGGGCGGAAACGUGCCGCUGGAGUGGCUGAACAUUGGCCAUAGACGCCGCAGCAUGCGCAUUUAAUUAGAUUUA